AUGUCUUUCUCUUUAUAUGACGGCUUGGAUUCAAAGACACUUGAUGAAAUUGCUGAGGAGAGUGCAAAGGCCAAAAAAAAGGAUAAAAGCAUUGAGCAUCCCUACGAAGCAUCCACUCCCUUAAGUCCAAAGGAAUUAAAACCCUCUCCUUUGAAGACUACUCAACCUCCAUCGUCUUUACAUUUUAUGCCUAUGGUGAGGAGGAAUAAACCAAACAAGAAAAAACAACUUAGCAGGCUAUCAAACAAAGCGAUCCCACAAUCCCCUACACCAAUUGAUAAUGUUCAUGAUAUUUCUUUGACUGAUGCUUUAUCCACACAUGAAGCUACUGGCUCUAAUCUUCAGAAUGAAUCUCUAGAAAGGACACUACCAUCUUUUGGAUCAAAUGAUGAUUCUUUGAUUUCUUCUUUUGAGGUGGAAGAAAUAUAUUCAGAGCUUUAUAAUCCUCUAAAUCCUACAAGUUAUGAUAAUUAUAAAAAGUCUGAAUUUGGAAAAGCCAUGGAACACGAAUGGAACUUGUAUGUUUUGCAAAAUCCUUCCCUGGCUAUUGAGGCUAGGAAUGCAGGGUUAGCUCAGUCUUCUAAAUCUGGAAUUGGUCCUCCUCCGGUCUUGUUAGAGGACACGACAAUAAGUAACUCCAUUUACUCUAAUGCUUCGAUGCCUAAAAUAGACCAACCUUCUGUCUCUUUGAUGGAAUCACCAAAAGGUAAACCAACGAAAAAUUAUGGAAAAAUUCUAUUAAAGAAAUUCGGUUGGAAUGAAGGCCAAGGUUUGGGUCUCUUAAAUCAGGGAAUCCGUAAUCCAUUACAAACCAAUCGUUCUAGUAGAUUUGAAGAAGUUAAAGGUCCCAAGGACGAUAGCUAG